AGAAGAUCUACGUUUCAUUCGUGAGAGAAAAUAUAAAUAGCAAAAACGCGACAGUUUUUUAACGUCUGAAAAGGCUCACAAUCAGCUAAGAGUUUGCUCUGUUGUCUAUCGCAAACCCUAGGUCAUGGCUGGGAUGUACAAUCAAGACGGCGCCGGAGGUGCGCCUAUUCCGUCAUACGGUGGUGAUGGAUACGGCGGAGGUGGAGGUUAUGGAGGCGGUGAUGCUGGAUACGGUGGACGCGGUGCCUCUGGCGGAGGUGGAUACGGUGGACGCGGCGGUUACGGCGGCGGCGGUAGAGGAAAUCGAGGAGGUGGCGGUGGUGGAUACCAAGGAGGCGGAGGCGGCGGAAGAGGUGGUGGCGGCGGCAGAGAUGGAGGCGGAAGAGAUGGUGAUUGGCGUUGUCCUAACCCAAGUUGUGGGAACGUGAACUUUGCGAGAAGAGUUGAAUGUAACAAGUGUGGUGCACCUGCUCCUUCUGGUACUGGUGAUCGAGGAGGUAGUGGGUAUAGCCGAGGAGGAGGUGGCAGUGAUCGCGGUGGUGGUGGUCGUGGAGGUAGAACCGAUAGUGGUAGGAGCUAUGAGAGUAGUAGAUAUGAUGGUGGCAGUAGGAGCAGUGGUGGUGGCUCUUAUGGUAGUAAUAGUCAACAUAGGGACAAUGGUUCAUAUGGUCAGGCUCCUCCUCCACCUGCUGCUGCAGCGAUUCCAUCCUAUGAUGGUUCUGGCAGUUACCCUCCACCCUCGGGCUAUGGAAUGGAAGCAGUUCCCCCUCCUUCAAGCUAUGCUGGUGGGCCCCCGUCAUAUGGUGGUCCCACAGGGGGUUAUGGCGGCGGUGAUGCACCUAGCAGUGGUGGUCGGGGUGGUAGAGGCGGUGGCUAUGAUGGUGGUAGUGCUCCUCGACGUCAGGAAGCUAGCUAUGGAGAUGCACCUGCUGAGAAAGUCAAGCAGUGCGAUGCGGAUUGUGAUGAUACUUGUGAUAAUACCAGAAUAUACAUCUCUAAUUUACCUUCGGAUGUGACCAUCGAUGAACUCAAGGAUCUCUUUGGUGGCAUUGGCCAAGUUGGGAGAAUUAAGCAGAAGCGGGGUUACAAAGAUCAGUGGCCCUAUAACAUCAAGAUAUACACUGAUGAGAAGGGAAAAAAUAAAGAUGACGCCUGUCUGACUUAUGAAGAUCCUAGCGCCGCUCACUCCGCAGGCGGAUUUUUCAACAAUUAUGAAAUGAGAGGGAACAAGAUCAGUGUAGUGAUGGCAGCGAAGUCUGCGCCCCGUCCUCCUGCCUUUGACCAGAGAGGUGGCGGUGGUAGAGGAGGAGGAGGUAGCUAUGGUGGUGGUGGUGGGGGAGACAGAAGAAGAGAUAACUACGGUUCAGGGCCAGACAGAAACUACCACGGGGGAAACCGGUCUCGUCCAUAUUGAGAGAAAGAGAGGAAUCAAUGAAUCAGCUGUUAUGUGUUCUAAGAGUUUGUGUGUGUUGAGGGAGGGGAGGAAUUUUAUUAAAAUGUUGCGUUGAUGGGGGAAAAUGUUCUAUGAAUCAUCAUAUUGGGGAUACCAAAAAAAAAAGAAGGAAGUGGAUAAUUAACUCCAAAAUGCAUUGCAAAUUUGGUGGGUAAGGUAGGGUUUCUCAUGAUGAUUUCAGGUGAGUGCAUUCAUCUUGCUUACUUGUUUCACUUCCCCUUUCUACUACAAAACCCCCUGUUCUUGUUUCUCUUCUUUCUUUUUCUGACUCUGUUGUGCACAAACAAACCGAUGUAUCAUCUUCUAAUAUACUCAUUUGGGCAAACACACUUUAGACCCUAGACAUUUAUUCGCAGAGUUAUUAUUACUACUCUUUUUUUCCUUUUUAGCGAACAUAUGUACCCAUAGGCACUUGUGUCUGAUCUGUCGACCUGAAGUUUUGCAAUGAAAUUGUAAAGGCCAACUAGAUGAUUUUAGUGCUAACUAGGUCGUGUUGGGCAUGAGUAUUUUUAGGUUAAUAAAGAGUUCAUCGUCCAAUUUUUGAGAUGAGGUUUCCAUAACUUUAACUUUGUAAGGUUCACUCGAAGAUCCUUUGUUUAUUUUUGU